AUGUUUGAGGGGCAGGCGGAAAAGAGCAAUAAGACUAAGUACUAUGAGAUUCUAGGGACUUGGAAGACUUAUUGGAAAGCCACCUGGAGGAACCAUCCUGAUAAUGGAGGCGAUCCUCGAAAGUACCAAAUGAUUACCGAAGCUUACUCUGUACUUUCGGACCCUAAGAAGCGUGAUAUAUAUGACCAGUAUGGUGAGGAUGCAGUGAAACAACAAGGCAACUAUGAUCAGUAUGGUGAGGGUGCAGUGAAACAACAAGGCAAUGGCAGUGAUGACACCUUGAGGAGAAGGAGAGGAGACCGGAGGACGCAGCGGUGGGAAAUACUAGUGGAGUGGGCCAGCAUGAUGUAG